CCCGCCCCGCGGCGCUCAGUCGGGCGGCGGCGGCGGGCGGAGGAGGCGGCGGAGGCGGCGGCUCCGCCGGGCUGAGGAGCGGACGCGGGAGGCGGCUCGGGAUCGCGACACGAUGAGGCGGGUGGUACGGCAGAGCAAAUUCCGGCACGUCUUCGGGCAGGCGGUGAAGAACGACCAGUGCUAUGAUGACAUCCGCGUGUCCCGCGUCACCUGGGACAGCUCCUUCUGCGCCGUCAACCCCCGCUUCGUGGCCAUCAUCGUGGAUGCCAGCGGUGGGGGAGCCUUCCUGGUGCUGCCUCUGCACAAGACAGGCAGGAUUGACAAGUCCUACCCCACAGUGUGUGGCCACACGGGGCCGGUGCUGGACAUCGACUGGUGUCCCCACAAUGACCAGGUCAUCGCCAGCGGCUCCGAGGACUGCACCGUCAUGGUGUGGCAGAUUCCCGAGAACGGGCUGACCCUGUCCCUGACAGAGCCCGUGGUAGUGCUAGAAGGCCAUUCCAAGAGAGUGGGCAUCGUGGCCUGGCAUCCGACGGCGCGGAAUGUGCUGCUCAGCGCAGGCUGUGAUAAUGCCAUCAUCAUCUGGAAUGUGGGAACAGGAGAAGCCCUCAUCAACCUGGACGACAUGCACGUGGAUAUGAUCUACAACGUGAGCUGGAAUCGCAACGGCAGCCUCAUCUGCACAGCUUCCAAAGACAAAAAAGUCCGGGUGAUCGACCCCAGGAAACAAGAAAUUGUUGCUGAGAAGGAGAAAACCCACGAGGGAGCGCGGCCCAUGCGAGCCAUCUUCCUGGCAGACGGGAACAUCUUCACCACCGGCUUCAGCCGCAUGAGCGAGCGGCAGCUGGCCCUGUGGAACCCGAAAAACAUGGAGGAGCCGAUAGCCCUUCACGAGAUGGACACCAGCAACGGGGUCCUGCUGCCCUUCUACGACCCGGACACCAACAUCAUUUACCUGUGUGGGAAGGGUGACAGCAGCAUCCGCUACUUCGAGAUCACGGAUGAGUCCCCGUACGUUCACUACCUCAACACCUUCAGCAGCAAAGAGCCGCAGAGGGGCAUGGGGUUCAUGCCAAAGAGGGGCCUCGACGUCAACAAGUGCGAGAUUGCCAGGUUCUUCAAGCUCCACGAGAGGAAGUGUGAGCCCAUCAUCAUGACGGUUCCCCGCAAGUCCGACCUCUUCCAGGACGACCUGUACCCGGACACAGCCGGCCCGGAAGCAGCUCUGGAAGCAGAGGAGUGGUUCGAGGGGAAGAACGCUGAUCCUCUCCUCAUCUCCUUGAAGCACGGGUACAUUCCAGGCAAAAACAGGGAUCUCAAGGUGGUCAAGAAGAACAUACUGGACAACAAACCCGCCGGGAACAAGAAGAGUGAUCUCAUAAACGCUCCAAAGAAAGCAGCGGAUGCCUCAAACUCCCAAAACGACGCCAAAUUGGACGAGAUUUUGAAGGAGCUGAAAUCCAUCAAGGACACGAUCUCCAACCAGGACGAGCGCAUCUCCAAGCUGGAGCAGCAGAUGGCCAAGAUCGCGGACUGACGGGGCCGCCAGCCCAGGCACAUCCCAGCUCCCAGUUCAGCCAGCAGCAGCCUGCAGCAUUCCAGUACGAGCUUUCCUGUUCUCCUAAAUCCACGUCAACAAGAGCCGAUGAUUUCAAGCCAAGCUUUUUAGUGAAAGAUUUCUUUUUUUUUCCUUCGUUUCCCGAUGUUCCAAUGAAUUUCUGUGACUGUGUCAAAAACAAAGCAAAAACGAGAAGUGCUACUUUUACGAGGGUUUGGGUUUUUUUGGUUUUUUUGGGGGUUUUUUUUGGGUUUUUCCCAGAUGUUAUUAUGAAUCCUUGAAAAACGAAUCCAUUCUUGACUUCCGAUGUCAUUGCCCAAAUAUCUUUUUCUAGAUUUAGGGACCAACGCCACAUUGUUCUUAACCAUUUCUUUUUUUGUUGGUUUUUUUUUUUUUUUUAGAGUUGCCAAAAAAUAGAAAAAAAAAAAAAUCGCUUUUAUUUUUCUUAUUUGCCACUUUUGCAGUAUUUGUGUUUCCAUUCCAAGGGACAGGGGGUGUGGGGGGUGUUUACACUGUGCAGAGAACAAAGCUGAAGCUGUUUUGUGUAAAUCCUCCGGAACAAUCAGGUGGGUUCCUUUCCCUUCUCUUCCCUGUGGAAUCCCCUUGGAGAUGGGAUCAGCUGCCUUUCCUGCUCCACAGCCUGUCCCCAGCCCCGCUGGCUGACAGAAAAACACAAAUACAUCAUUCUGAACGAGGGGAUUUGUUUCCUACUGAAGUUUUAAGCCGGCACCGUGUUUCCAUUUUCCUGCUAUCCCAAGCUUUGAUUCCAUGACCGAACUCUCACGCCUUUUACUUGCUCAUUUUUAUUUCCAUUUCAAGGCAGAAGUGACUUCCAUGCAGGAAUGUUUUUGAGCAUGGAGCUCCAGGUGAGCUGUGGGAUGCCAGCAGUUGCUGCAAAUCCUUGUUCCUGCCCCCCCUGAGCUCGUGGGUUUUUAAGGAACUUUUGGAAUCCAUCAGCCCCUCACACCAGUGCUGAUGAUAGGAAUUUUCUGUGCUUCCAAGGCAGCAUUAGCAGCAGAAAGGUGAUUUUUUUUUUUUCCCAUGAUAAUUCUCCACAAACAAAACGCCUCUGUUGUUACUUUUUUAUCAUUUGUUUUCUCCUGUCCAUUGUCCCAUUCCCGCCUCCCACCCUGCCAUGCUGGAAAAGCUUUGCAGAAAGGAUUUGUUCCCGGAUAGAUGAGUGACCUCCAACCCCCCCUGCACUCCCGGCCCUUCAGAGCAGAAGGGGCUGGGAGGAUGGAUUUGAUCCCAGUUUGGAGAACUGGUUUCUCCCACGGCUCCUUUGGGAUCCUGCAGGGAGAGGCCCUGUGAGUGCUCCAGGCUGGCGAGCCAGCUCCUCCUGGAAUUCCACAGGGGCUCAGCUCAGCAAAGCUCAGCUCAGGCGGGGUCUCCCCUGGGAAGGAGCUGUCAGGGUUGGGGCAGGCUGGCUCCCUGCUCCCAGGCCGUGUCCUUGUGCUGGGAAUGGGAUCCAGGACACCCUGGAAAGCUGUGCCGGGCGGGAUCGGUGCUGCCAGUCCCGGCACAGCCCGUCCCUGCGGUGCCAGGGAGUGCUGAUAGCCCAUCCUCGUUCCAAAGGUGGGCAGAGACCAUCCGGUGUCCCAGAGCUCUGGAUCCCUGUCCCAGCUGGACUCUGUCCCCGUGGCAGCUCCGUGUGCUCCCACCUGGAGCAUCCCGGCGGACACGAGUCCCUUCGUCCGGGCCGAAGAGAUUGAUUUUUUUUUUACUAUUAUUUUCCAUUAGUUUAGCUAGGAAUUCUCCGAUUUUCCAUUUUUCCCCCAGCGUUUGCAUGUUCAGAACUCCCAGGUUAAGGAUUCCCUGCUGUGGAGGGAUGUGUGUGUGGAGGCGGAAUCGGCCGGGGGACGUAGCUGGAGAGGCGCGAGGACGGGACGGAGGAGACAGAGGAUGUGGUGGGAUUGCAGAGCAGGAAAGCUUCAGGAAAGCGGGAUUUCUGUGUUUUAGGGACAAGUGGCAUCCCCUGCCCUGUGCCCAUGGAUCCACAAUCCGGCCGCUCCGGGUUCUUUGGCUGUUUGGUGACGUUUCUGUAUUGCAGUAAAUGCCUGAGAUGUGUAUUUUUAUGGAUUUUUUUUUUUUUUUCCCCCCUCUCUCUUUUGGAACCCAGACCCGAAGGUCGUUCUCCCCACAGUGGUGAUUUCUGUGUUGAUUUGUACGUGUGACUUCAGGGUUGUGUGCUCGGGGACCUCGGGUUUGUUCCUAACAUUUGGAGGGAAAUCAGUUUUGGGAGCCGCUGGAUUGAGGUGCCCCGGGGUGGGGGUGUGGGAGAUUUUAGUUCCUAGCCUGUAUUUUAUUUAAAUGAACUGAUGCCUCGCCAGGCUCAACCGGAGUCAGUGCCUGAAGCUUUUUGUAGCCGUGAUAUCCCGGGAGAGAACCAGCCCAGUCCGGAAAGACGCGCUCUUAUAGAGCGACCAGAGUAUCUGUCCAAAUAUUUGCUUCCAUUUUCAAAAGAUAAAAGUCAUUGAUUAUAAA